AUGGCACACUCCAAAGUCUGGUUCAUCACGGGCUGCUCAAGUGGUUUCGGCAAGGCAUUAGCACACGAAGCCCUCCUCCGUGGAGACAAGGUCGUCGCGACGGCACGCAACGCAAGCAAACUCGAGGAGCUGAAAGCAGCUGGAGCCCACACGCUGAGCUUGGAUGUGACCUCGCCAUUGGACGAGCUCAAACGCGUGGUCGAAGAAGCCCACAGCCUCCAUGGAAGGAUCGACUUCCUCAUCAACAACGCCGGGUACUGUCAGGUCGGCGGGUUGGAAGAGCUCACCCCGGCAGAAACUCAAGCCCAAUUCGCAACCAACGUCUUUGGCCCUCUGAACGUCACCAGAGCCAUCCUUCCUUACAUGCGCGCUAGACGGUCUGGAGUCAUCGCCAACUUCUCGAGUAUCGGGGCGUGGCGCGGGACCCCGGCAGUGGGCAUCUACGAGGCCUCCAAAUGGGCCGUCAGCGGCGUCUCGGAGACGCUGCGCCUCGAGCUGGCCGAGUUCAACAUCAAAGUAUGCAGCAUCGAGCCAGGCUACUUCCGGUCGAACUUUUUGAGCAAGGAGCACAAGAUCCUGCACGAACACAUCAUCGCGGACUACGAUGGCACAGUAGUGCGCAGGACCGAGGAACGGGUGGAGAGGACGAACCAGAACCAACGCGGCGAUCCCGCGAAAGGGGCCAAGGUCAUCGUUGAUGUCCUGACCGGUGUUACUGGCAAGGAGGUUCCGGUACGGCUCGCGCUGGGCCCGGAUGCCUAUAGGAUCAUCAAGGACAAGUGCGAAGAGACGAUCAGGAUUCUGGAUGAGUGGGUGCACAUCGGUUCUUCCACCGACGUUGAAGAAGCGAAGUAG